CGCGGUCUCCACUAGUCCCUGAAAGCAGCUACGGUUUGGAACAACCGACACAAAAUGUCUCUGUUUUCAACGGAAUCCUGGUUCUAAACGGGCCAGAGUACCGCAGCCGGGGAGAACGACAUCAUCGCCGACGGGAAAAUGCCUCUCCCGGCGCGGAAUUCCUCCCGGAGAAGGAAAAAGAAACCGGAUAACGAGGAGCGAACCGCCGGAGAUGUUCCUGCUGCGGAGGUGACGGCGCCCAUGCGGAUGAAGCUGCGUGUUCGUCGGGGCGACGCUGCAGCCGCCUCAGGAGCGGGCGGUUCUGUAGACGGAACCACAGAGAGGAGUCGAGAGGGCAGCAGGAGCAGCAGCAGGAGGAAAAGCAGCAACAAAACCUCAGCGUCGGCCACAGUGGCUCCCGCGUCCACCUCCUCUUCACCUCCGACCACCUCCACACGGGCGGUGAUGGCAGCCGAGGAGACGUCGCCUGACUCCAAGUGUCCGAUCUGUCUGGAUCGCUUCAACAACCUGGCAUACCUGGACCACUGUCUGCACCGCUUCUGCUUCCCCUGCAUCCAGGAGUGGUCGCACAACAAGGCCGAGUGUCCGCUCUGCAAGCAGCCCUUUGCCUCCAUCCUGCACUCGGUCCGCGCCGAGGACGACUUCAAGGAGUACACCCUGCAGCCGCCCCCCCCCAACAACAGCGUGGCCGCCACUGUGGCCAUGGUGGCAGCGAUGGCAUCGGCGGCCAGGAGUGACCAUCACAUGAGACUGAUGCUGAGGAGGCACCGGGUGGCUGACGGCAGGGAGACGACCACGAGGAGGCGCAGGAGGGAGAGGGGAGCUAGAGGGAGGGUGUCGGAGGAGAGGGCGAGGGGUGUGUGGGAGUUGUACUUCGAUCAUCCGAGUCUUUCUUUCCCUCCUCUUUCUCGCCACCUGUCUGUCUCAAAUGUAGCAGAAGACAGCGAGGAGGCGGAGGAGCUGGUGGGGGAGAGGGUGAGGGGGGGUGCAGACGCCGCAGAUCACGGGGCCCUGUUUAAUCAGCUGACAGGACUUAGAGGGGCGGCGGCGUCUCUGGCCUCUAACAGCCGGGUGUUACGGCGGUUGAUGGCCCGCCUGGCGGCGAGGCAGCGGCUGCAGCGGGAAGGCGGGACCGUGCAGCGGCUGAGGGAGGGGCAGAUGCUCGAUUUUCGCCGGAUGCUCUACCGAUGCGGCAUACGGGUCCGUGGCAUUGCAGGGGUCAACGGUAACCCGGGGCAACAGCGCGAGAUCACAGCAGAGAGUUUCCAUCAAAGCUCCACCCACCUGAACAGACUCCGCCCCUGGCUGCGGCGGGAGCUGAGGGUGAUGUACGGCUCCAACUCGUCUCUGGUGGACAUCGUUCAGAACAUCAUCAUGGCCCGGCUCGCCCUCCACGGUCUGGAGAACACGCUGAACCUGGAGGAAGACCUGCAGCCGUUCCUGCAGGCGCGCACCCAGCACUUCCUGCACGAGCUGCUGAGCUUCGCCCGCUCGCCACUCAACAUGGACAGCUACGACCUGCAGGCGGUGUACGAUCCUCCCCCCGCCGCCACCAUGGAGCUGGACGGGCUCAGCAGCUCCGAGGGCAGCUCCGUCAUCGCCAUAUCUGAGGAGGAGGGGGAGAGGGGAGGAGGAUCUGAGGGAACCGUGAGCAACGAUAUCAGUGACAUCAUCCAAACAGGAAGCAGCCUCAGCCUGUCGGGGUGGGACGAUGAAACGCCUGGCCCCUCCUACUCCACAGCAGAACCGUCCUCUUCGCUCAAUCCUCCGCUGCCGUUAAGCCCCGCCCCUCAGGAGCCAGCCAUUGAGCGAGGAGGAGACGGACUGGAGGAGGCAGCAGAGGAGGAGUGUCUGAUUGUCGGGUACAAGAAGCCGAUCGCGGAGCGAACUCCUGAGCUGGUGCAGCUCUCCUCCGACUCUGAGGAGGAGCAGGGAGAGAAGGAGGAGGAGGAGCAACCACUUGAGAAGGCUCCUCCCCUUCCCUCCCCCACUCCUUCCUCUUCAUACCUACCCAUAAGCCCACCCUCAACGUCAGGUGCUUUCAGGGAGGAGCAGGAGGUGGGACAGAAGAACGAGGAGGUGUGGGGGCGGCGCCCUCGGUCCUGGUCAGGAAGUUCAGGACGAAGCAGGAAGUCGGUGCGCUCACUCGACCCGGCAUCCCCUCUGCGGCGGGGAGACGACGGGCAGAGCAGCAAGAAGAAGAAGAGGAAGAAGAAGAGGAGGCGAGAGGAGGGCCUGAGGAGGAGCGGCACCUUCAGCAACCCAAACCGCUCCAUUUACCCCCCCAUGAUGCGGCGCUGCUCCCCCCUGCUGUUCGACUCCAGCGCCGACUCCUGCUCCCCGCUGCCGUCCAGCCCCGACUUCCGCUGCACCCAGGUCUCCCCCCUCACCUCCCCCGUCUCCUCCCCCUCCUGCUCAUCCUCCCCUCUCUGCCUCUCGCCGCAGCGGACGCCACCGACGCCGAGGAGCUCCUCCGUCGAGCUCGCCCGCCAUGUGGAGAAGCCCGGCGGGAAGAGGAAGUACAAGAGCCGGCACCUGAACAGCAGCACCAAGGACCCGACCUGGAGGCAGAACGGGGGCCGGCAGAGGGAGAAGAGGAGGAGGAGGAAGGAGAGGCCGAGGAAGGAGGCUCAGCAGGAGACAGAAGAGAGCAGGAAGAGGUCCAGAGGAGACCGGAGUCCCAGUGUGGAGAUCAUCUACGAGGGCACCGUCUCCUCCAACGUGGAGCGGCCUCUGGGGCACAAACGCCGCCGGAAACGCCACCGCAGGGCGCGGCACAGCAGUCCUCCGGUCAUCAUCACCCUGGACAGCGACAGCAGCGACGGCAGGAAGCUCCUCAGCGGCAGCAGCAGCCCCCUCAGCAGCCAGCACACCAUCGACUUCUCUGACCUUCCUCCGCUCCCAUUGGCCCACUCGGCGGGGGUGGGCGGGGCCUUGGACACAGCGAUAGGGGAACUUCCUGUGGAGAUCCUGGACCGGGGGUCUGACAGGUCUGAGGCCGAGGCGGCGGGACCGUUGGCGGGUCGGAUCAACAUCAGUGACAACAGCGACGUGGACCACAUGGAGGACGACGCGCGGCUCCAAAACGAUGCCGGACAAACCGACGCCCGCGGGUUCGACCCGGCGGCCGGUCCGAAGCCGUCCCGUGAAGAUGGACACGGUGGUGGAGACGCUCAGGUUCUCCGACCACACCGGGUGGAGUCGCCCUCUGACAGGUCCCUGCUGGACGCCAUCCUCUGCGACCUGAACCGAAUCUCUGCAGCCAAGCAGGACCAGUUCCAGAACCUGGAGUCCAGUUCCUCACCUGAUGCCAGGAAGAAGACUCCUCAGGACGGACCUGAGACAACACCGGACCCUCAGGGUUCAGGUUUGGACUGUCGGAGCAGCUCCGUCCCCUCCCUGCCUCCUCUGGACAUUCCUCCUCUGCUCAAAUGGGCCGGGCCGGCCCGGUCCUGCAGCAGGAACGCUCCACCUCCGCUCAGACACAAAGACGCAGGGAGUCCUCAGCAGACCGCCGGCCCGCCUCACGGUCCCUCUGACCCGGCAGGUGUCCCCGGCAGUCAGGCCGUCCCCCCCACGGAGACGUUGAGGAGUCACCUGACCAACGUGUGGGCGCUCCGGGCCGAGCUGCCCGGGUCGAACAGAACCGACGGACCCCCCGAGUUCACUCCUCACAGCAGAGCCGAGACUAAAAUACCUUCACCUGUCGACUCAAACCCUGUGAACUCCUCCUGUUCCACUGAUCCACCGUGCGGAGACUUGACCUCCAGAGGAGAUGGGCUCAAACCCUCGAGUCCAGACUGUCGGGUCGCUCCUGUGGACCUCCACCCCCCCAGCUGCUCAGCUGAUGGUGGUCCCCCAGGACUGGACUCCAACCACACAGCUGGGGUCCAGCCUGAGAGUCCUGGACCUCCUGCUCACCUCCUGUUGGACAGAAGGAGCGCAGAGCGUCUCCCGGCUGACGGGAGGUUCAACCACGUGGCCUUGUCUCCGCUCCAGCACGCCUCGGAUUCUGCUCCGGGCCCGGCUCGCAGCCUCAGAACCACCGCGCUCUGAACUCUGACUCCAGCGACACCGAGCACUUGAGCAGAGACGGUCAGAUCCUGGCGGCCCGUCAGAACCCGUCCUGUGGUUCUGGUUCCAACACAAAGUGUGAAACGGACCGCAGAAGAAGUUUCUGUUGAUUUUAAAUUGUUUGACAUGAACUCGUGGUUCUGUCCGGAGCUUCGGACCGCGGGACGUUUAUUUAUGCUUUUCUAAGAGACACGAGUCGGACCAGAACCAGGUCUUACUAUAAAUUCAGGUCCGCACGAACCCUGCUGUGGACCCGUCAACACUGUCUUCAGGUUCUGAAUAAAGGUUUGGUCCAGGAGUCACUCGGGUCUUUGCUUUCAUCCCAACAAAACCAGUUCC